AUGCAUUCAAAAUUCAUUACCGCACUUCUUAUGCUGGCCCCGGCCGUUCUGGCCAACCCCGUUGCCACCGACACUGCCGACAUCUCCGAUUCCUACCCGAUGGAUGCCGAACUGAACGAUGAGCUGAACAAUGAAAUUAACGAUGCCCUCGCAAACAUCCCCAGCUCUAUUCUGACCGUGUUGGCGACUGCUAUCCCCCAAUCCUGGUAUAUGGAUCUCCUGGACCCGGCUUCCCAGUCCGCUUUCCUGAGUGAGGCCUCGGCCGGUAUUUACCCCGACUGGUACAGCGCACUACCGUCCAGUGUUAUCGCCUGGGCUAGCACUGCUGCCGAGAAUGGUGACGACUUCCUGUUCGGAAGCGCUACUGCCACUGAUGAGAGCGCGAGCGGUGCUACUGCCACUGGUUCUCGCAGCUCUGCCAGAACUGCCUCUGCCACUGCUACCCAGACUGCCGACACUGAGUCCAGCACCGAGUCCAGCACCGACUCUAGUGCCGAUUCCAGCACUGUGACCAACUCCAACACUGAUUCUACCACCGCCACAUCGGAUGCUAAGUCGUCGGAUUCCGCUUCCAACACUGCUUCCAGCGCUGCGUCUUCCACUCAUGCGUCUUCCACCUCCACUGGCGGUGCUCCUCUCGCCACUGGAAGUGUCGCCAUGAGCUUUGCUGGUGCGGCUGGUUUACUCGGCCUGAUUGCCGUCCUCUAA